AUGGCAACUCCCUGGUUCAAGGGAACUAUGAAGUCUCUCGUCUUCAUCUGUCAAGUUUUACUCAUCGUGAUAACUCGAGUUGAUUCGGUGCCUCCGGAAUGUGAGAAUUCUCCGAACAACAGACCCCCAGAGGACACAGACAUCACGGUGACCUGUGGGACUCAGUUUCUGGAUCUGAGUAUCUUACUUUGUCCUCUCUACUUUGCCAACUACAACGAGUCUCUGCUGAUCCUGAACAACCAGAGCAGAGCCGAGUGCCGAGGGACCACAGACUUCAGUGUACAGCCCCCCGUGAUAAGAUACAGGUUCUCCAUCGAUGAACAGUCUGUCUUGGCCUGUGGCAACAAAAUAGAGAUUAUCAAUGAAGUGGGGACUGGAGACUUUUCAGAUUUCUCAAAUGUUCAGACUGUGACGAUCUCGGGCAUGGUGGUGACCUUUGACUCCACCACAAGUCUGAUCACCUACAGGCCCAUGGUCACCUACAUGUUCUCCUGCACCUACCCUCUGCAAUACGUCAUGAACAACAAUCAGCUAAAUGUAGGUGGAGCGCAGGUGGCCGUGAAUGGAAACAAUGGCAGCUUCAUCACCUCUCUGAAGUUCAAGCUUUACAGUAAUGAGUUUUACAAUGAAUCCCUUAUAAUUCCGGAGACAGGACUUCCCCUAAAAACAAACAUCUAUGCUGAAAUCAGUGCUACGAGUCUAACAGACAGUUUUAAUGUGCUGCUCUGGUGGUGCAUCGCUACAAUGGAGCCAUACACCGAAGCUACAGCUGGAUAUAACCUUUUUGUGGGCUGUGACGUGGAGGCUUACACAAAAUUGGGGGAAAAUGGCGUCUCAGACAAGGCGCGGUUCAUGUUUCAGGCGUUUCGUUUUGUGGAGCAUCAGGGUCGAGCAGUGUCCACGUUUUUCCUGCACUGCUUCACCGGCCUGUGCCAGAAAGACGAGUGUUCCCAGCAAGCUCCCGUACAGGUGCAGGUGGAGGUGCAGGUGCCGGUGGAGGUGCUAGUACAGGUGCAGGUGGAGGUGCAGGUGGAGGUGCACCAAACAGGAGGAGGAGAGAAGCCACAGAGCCAUAACGCUCCAACAGGGAAUAAAGUAUCACAAGAAGAAGGAGACUACACUCGCCCCCUGGUGGGAGUGAUCGUGUGUGUGGCUGUCCUCGCCCUCCUCAUGGUCGUGAUGGGGGUCUGCUUCACCUGGGCCACCAGAAAUAAAAUCCCCCUAUAA